CCCCAGCGCCCGCCUCUCCUUGGGGUUUGUAAACUUCCACCCGAGGGGACAUCAACGUCAGCCACGGGCCACUGACAGCCGCAACAUUUCCAACACCGCAGGUCCCGGCAAACCACCCCAAGCAAGCAACCAAGAUGGCGCCCUUUGAGAAAUCCAUGGAGAUGGGGAUGCCCUUCAAGCAGAGGAAGUGCUUGGAAACAAGAAAAGAUGAAGUGUGCAGCAUUCGCUCCAAAUUCCCCAACAAGUUGCCUGUUAUUGUGGAACGCUACAUCCGUGAAAAGACUCUCCCACUAUUGGACAAAACUAAGUUUUUGGUUCCCUUUGAGCUCACCUUGGGUCAGUUCCUCUGCCUGCUCAGGAAUAAAAUCGACCUGGAAUCGACCCAGGCUCUCUUCCUGCUGGUGGCUGAGAAAAGCAUGUCCUGCAUGUCCUCCAGCAUGGGGGAGGUCUACUCCCACUACAGAGACCCCGACGGUUUCCUCUACAUCACCUACGCCUCGCAGGAAAUGUUCGGAGCACCCCGAGUCCGCGGGACGGCCGCCGUGCUGAGCAGGGAUCCACCCGAGCCACCUCGGGAGGCCCAUUUUAUGGACAUUUGGAACAUGUCCAGACGAGAGCUGCUUGACGCGGCGUUAAUCCCACAAACCUUAUUUCAUGGGGGAGAGUCAACAUGAUGCUGAUGUGUUCAAUCAGGGAAAAAGUCAAGAAAGAAAAUUCACCCUCGAGUAUUGUGAUCAAAGAUUCUACAGUUCCAGAAAGUUGGACAAAUAUCCAUAUCAUUGGAUCUUGCGGGAGAAGUGCAAUGCUGACAAAGCCAAGUGCAAGUGCUACUGGUGGCACUGGAGCCUCCACGGUGCAGGAGCCGGCUCAGAGUCAUGCUGCUAGUCACACUCUCGUCACACUUAUUCCUCCUGCCUUUCAUCACCUCGAAAAUGUGAAUUAUUGUCCCCAGUGGACCGUUUGAGGCACUGUGACGUGUUUCGUUGAUCAAAAAGAAAUAAACGUCCUUUUAAUACAUUGA